AUGGAUACUGAGGAACAACAAUUAGUUAGUGCAGGAAAUGUGGAACCGGGUACCUCAAGUAGUACUAGUACUCUCUUUGAGGAUAUACCAUGUGAGAAUGUGGGGGCAGGGGCACAGGAAGUGGUGCCACCGCCCACUAGUCCUCAAGGGGAUGUAGAGAAAGAAGUUGUACCACCACCAGAAAAGCAGGAACCAGAGAGUGGUAAUCUGCCUGGUGGGUAUUCGCUUCAGGCUAUAUUAGAGCGCGUGCUGAAUUACCAGGCAGAAUUUGCGCAACAGCAAGUCGAGCGAGACCGCCAGCAAGCUGAGCGAGAUCGUAGGCUAGCAGAAAAUUUACUUGCCCAGCAAGCUGAGCGAGAUCGCCAGUUAACAGAAAGUUUCCUUGCCCAGCAAGCUGAGCGAGAUCGCCGGCAAGCUGAGCGGGACCAGCAACUUGUGCAAUCGUUAGAAAACAUGAAAAAAGAGAUUGCAGAUAUGAAACAGAAUUAUGAGUCGAUACCUAAGGCCGUGCAGGAGCUGACUGAACAGGUCAACAACCUGCAAGUAGCAAACACUAACAGGGUAGACGAAAUAGGUGUAUUAGCCAAUCGAGUAGAAAAGCUAGAAAUAGAUUCCACGCUGCUUGUAGAGCAGAAGUGGAACGAACAAGCAACUAAAAUUGAAACAGAAUUCAACUCAUGGCUAGAAGUGAAGCAGUAUUCUAUAGACUUGAUACAGGAAGACGCAAAAUCAGCGUGUGAUCCCUCGCGGAAUAAUGGGUCAGGAUGUAAACAGGACAGAAAUAGUAGUGCACAAAACCACAACCAGGGAAAUGGUGGGGGUGGUAACAAGCGGCAAGAACAUUAG